AUGAGCACAGCAUCAGUUAAUGUGGCAGUCCCACCGCCUGGUCAUACUAGACACACAGUCAAUCCACCAAAUCUCCACAGAGAACUCGCUGCUGUCGGCGUCUCGACAACCGCACUUGCCCUGGUAGCAGUAGUCUUGCAGCUCUUCACGAGAGCGCAUGUUACCAAGAUGGGAAUCCACCUCAAUGACUAUAUGAAGUCCGGCUUGGGCUACCAUAUGUGGGAAGUCAAGACAGAAGACUAUGAACUUCCCUUUCAGAAAUGGACGCUAGUUGGUACUAUCCUGUAUGCCACCAGCCUUGCCUUCUCAAAGCUCUCCAUCCUACUUUUUUACCUACGUUUAUCACCACAGAAAGAGUUCCGCACGUUGGUUCAUAUUCUCAUCGCCUGUGUAAUAGUGUACGCAACACUUUACGACCUCGUGAGCACCUUCGGCUGCAGACCGAUAGCCGCAACAUGGGAUCUCACACGUUUGCCCGGGGCUGUGUGUAUGAAUCAGCUGACAAAGUACAUGGCGCUCUCAGUACUGAACAUCGUCAUCGAUGUGAUUACCUUGGUACUUCCGAUACCCGUUGUCGCAAGACUACAGAUGUCGCGGAGACGGAAGAUCACUGUUUGCGGCAUAUUCGCGACCGGAGGAUUCGUAUGCCUCGUGGCCAUUCGUCGAACAACGCUCUUGAAGCCGCUCAUGAUCUCACCCGAUUAUACAUGGGAUGCUGUUGAGCAAUCCCAAUGGUGUUUUGCUGAAGUAAAUGCCGGAAUCGUCUGCGCAUGCGCACCCGCCCUCAAUCCGUUUUUCGUGCGCUACGUUCCAGGCCUUCUGAGUUCCCAUUUCGGUAAUAGUAAAAGAGAUCGUGAUGGAUUCAAGAGCGAUAAACAAACGCUACCAGCAUCAAACGAUCGAAAGCAGGCCAACGAAGCAUAUGGACUUCAAUUGCAGGACGACGUAUCUGAGAAGACAGCAACAACGAAGCAUAGUGAAGUUGGUGACGAGUCGACACUUUGGCAGAAUCCUGCGAACAAGGGCACUGAGAAGGAGUUGAUUACUACCUAUUUUGUUAAACAUGCCUGUUGA